CGCGGCGCGCGGGGCCCUCUUGACCACGGCCCUGCCGGUUUAGCGGGGUGAAAGGUUGCGAAGAUGGCGACGGCCUUGGGCGAGGAGGAGCUGGACAAUGAAGACUAUUACUCGCUGCUGAACGUGCGCAGGGAGGCCUCCUCCGAAGAGCUGAAAGCUGCCUACCGGAGGCUGUGUAUGCUUUACCACCCAGACAAGCACAGAGACCCAGAGCUCAAGUCACAGGCGGAGCGACUGUUUAACCUUGUUCACCAGGCUUAUGAAGUGCUUAGUGACCCCCAAACCAGGGCCAUCUAUGAUAUAUAUGGAAAGAGAGGACUGGAAAUGGAAGGAUGGGAGGUUGUGGAGCGGAGGAGAACUCCGGCGGAAAUCAGAGAAGAAUUCGAGCGUCUGCAGCGAGAACGGGAGGAGAGGAGGCUGCAGCAGCGAACCAACCCCAAGGGAACCAUCAGCGUUGGAGUAGAUGCCACUGACCUUUUUGAUCGCUAUGACGAGGAAUAUGAAGAUGUAUCUGGAAGUGGCUUUCCACAGAUUGAAAUUAAUAAAAUGCACAUAUCCCAGUCCAUCGAGGCACCUUUGACAGCUACAGACACAGCCAUCCUCUCUGGAAGCCUCUCAACCCAGAAUGGCAAUGGUGGGGGUUCCAUUAACUUCGCGCUCCGCCGUGUCACCUCUGCAAAGGGCUGGGGAGAGUUGGAAUUUGGAGCUGGAGACCUCCAGGGACCUUUAUUUGGUCUCAAGCUGUUCCGUAAUCUCACACCAAGAUGCUUUGUGACGACAAACUGUGCUCUGCAGUUUUCAUCCCGUGGAAUCCGACCUGGACUUACCACUGUCCUAGCUCGAAACCUGGACAAGAACACAGUGGGCUACCUGCAGUGGCGAUGGGGUAUCCAGUCAGCCAUGAACACAAGCAUCGUCCGGGACACUAAGACCAGCCACUUCACUGUGGCCCUGCAGCUGGGGAUCCCCCACUCCUUUGCACUGAUCAGCUAUCAGCACAAGUUCCAAGAUGAUGACCAGACACGCGUGAAAGGGUCCCUCAAGGCAGGCUUCUUCGGGACUGUGGUAGAGUACGGAGCCGAGAGGAAGAUCUCCAGGCACAGCGUCUUGGGUGCGGCUGUCAGUGUCGGAGUCCCACAAGGCGUGUCUCUUAAAGUCAAGCUAAACAGGGCCAGCCAGACCUACUUCUUCCCUAUACACCUGACAGAUCAGCUGCUGCCCAGCGCUGUGUUCUAUGCCACUGUGGGGCCUCUCGUCAUCUACUUUGCUAUGCACCGUCUGAUCAUCAAACCAUACCUCAGGGCUCAGAAAGAAAAGGAAUUGGAGAAGCAGAGGGAGAGCACCGCAACGGACAUCCUGCAGAAGAAGCAAGAGGCGGAAGGGGCUGUUCGGUUGAUGCAGGAAUCUGUCCGAAGGAUAAUCGAGGCAGAGGAGUCCAGAAUGGGCCUGUCCCUGCUCUGACGGACCUGUCUUCAGGGCUGCAUCAGUUGUGAACGCCUGUACGGGAAAUUCGUCAACGACCAAGAGCAAGAAGACGAGAAGGUGAAGGUGAUCGAAUUACUGUGCCCCUGCAGUGCCUGGUGAAGGGACUCGAAGCUCAUCCUCACGGAGGCCUCCCAGGCGGGGCUGCCGGGGUUCUACGACCCAUGUGUGGGGGAGGAGAAGAGCCUGAGAGUGCUUUACCAGUUCCGAGGUGUGCUGCACCAAGUGACGGUCCCUGACAGCGAGGCCCUUAGGAUACCAAAGCAGUCUCACAGGAUCGAUACAGAUGGAUAAACUGCUUCAGAGCCUAACUGAGAAGAGGCUGCAAAAAUCUUUUCUUGGGAGUCUACAAAUAUGGAAGCAGGGAAACCCCAGACGCCAGAUGUUUCUAUUUUAUUUUAUUCCUCUAGAAGGUGAACCAUAUCAAUUACGUGAAGGGACACACAGUCACCCAGCUUCAUGGGUGCUGGCCGUAGGACUGCGGUGGCCCCACACGGGGCCAGACCACAGCGUGGUCCAUGGCUUUUAUAGAGAACCGUGUUCCUGGAGGGCAGGGCCCAGGGUCCCGGCCCCAGGUUCUCUGCAUGCCUGCGGCCUGGUACCCCACAGCUCUGGGCCCGGAGGCCCUUGUGGACCAGGCUGCCCUCGCGGGACAGCUGCACACAGACACGUGGGAAGGAGGGAAGCCCCACAGCUGAGGCCUCCAGGUGAGGGAAUCUGUCGAGCCACCCCACAAGCCACCUUCCUGUGCUGAAAUGUCACCAAGUGAACGUGAGAGGGCUACGGGUUUAUAAAACUGCUUUUUAUCUGCG